CUCCGUGCAGGAACAGGAAACAAACUUCCCGUUUGGAACGCGACUGAAAGAAGCGGUCGCCCAGGAUUUCGUCUCCUCUCCGGUAAUUUGUCCGUCAUUCAAACUCGGCAGGACGAUGAGUACAGCUUGACGCACUUCAGCAGUGGCAAAAUCGUCAGCAUGGGCAUCAAGAAUCAGAGUCCUGCAGAGGACGAUGGCGAGCGGCGUCUCAUCAACCCGUCCGACAUGUCCCGGAACCCCCCCACGCAGCCUUUCGUCUACGUGCUGGCCUUCUUCUCGGCCCUGGGUGGCUUCCUCUUCGGCUAUGAUACCGGCGUGGUUUCAGGAGCCAUGCUGCUCCUCAAGCGGGAGAUGAACCUCAACACCCUGUGGCAGGAGCUGGUGGUCUCCAGUACUGUGGGGGCAGCGGCCGUCUCCAGUUUGUGUGGUGGCUUCCUCAAUGGGUUGCUGGGACGCAGGAAGUGCACACUGCUGGCCAGCUUCAUCUUCACCUUCGGCGGGUUCAUCCUGACGUUCGCACCCAACAAGGAGGUGCUCCUGGUUGGCAGGAUCAUCAUCGGCCUCGGGAUUGGCGUGGCCUCCAUGACGCUCCCCGUGUACAUCGCCGAGGUGUCGCCCCCCCACAUGCGAGGCCAGCUGGUCACCGUCAUCACCGUUCUCAUCACCGCCGGACAGUUCAUCGCCAGCGUGGUGGACGGCGCCUUCAGCUAUAUGAAGCAGGAUGGCUGGAGGUACAUGUUGGGUCUGUCGGUGCUGCCCUCCAUCUUGCAGUUUGUGGGCUUCCUCUUCCUGCCCGAGAGCCCCCGCUGGCUGCUGCAGAAGGGCCGAAAAGAGGAGGCCCGUCGCGUCCUGAGUCGCAUCCGAGGCUGCCAGGACGUGGAUGAGGAGUUCGACUACAUCAGGACCAGCAUCGAGGAGGAGGAGAAGGAGCUGCAUGGAGGUGGGAUCAUUCUUCUGCGCAUGCUCGCCCACGGGCCCACCCGCAGGGCUCUGAUCGUUGGCUGUGGCCUUCAGAUGUUCCAGCAGCUGACAGGCAUCAACACCGUCAUGUACUACAGCGCCACCAUUCUGCAGAUGUCAGGUGUACGCGAAGAGAGGCGGGCCAUCUGGUUGUCGGCCGUCACCUCCGGGACCAACUUUGUGUGCACGUCCCUCAGCAUCUGGCUGGUGGACAGAGUCGGGCGCAGGAAGCUGACGCUGGCCAGUCUCACGGGUACCACUCUGAGUCUCAGCGUUUUAUCGCUGGGCUUCUUGCUGUCAGCUCAGUACUCUCCCGCAGUAACACUGCGACCGCUCGACUCCCACAACUCCUCCUGCGUACAAUACGGCCACUGUGGAGACUGCAUGUUGAAUCCCGCUUGUGGCUUUUGCUACCGCGAGAACAGCAGCAGCGGCGUUUUUGACUCCGCCUGCCUGCCCGUCGAUCCCAAGACCACCGAGCACUCGGCAUGGGGACGGUGUGUCAACAAAACGGACUCACAAGAGGGUCCAUUCUGGGCGUACAACUUCUGCCCCACGUCUUACUCUUGGAUCGUGCUGAUGGGUCUCCUCCUCUACCUGACUUUCUUUGCUCCAGGGAUGGGCCCCAUGCCUUGGACUAUUAACUCUGAGAUCUACCCACUGUGGGCUCGCAGCACUGGAAAUGCCUGCUCAGCCGGCGUCAACUGGAUCUUCAACGUCGUCCUCUCUCUCACAUUUCUUCACAUCGCCGAGCUCAUCACCUAUCAAGGCAUCUUCUUUGUGUACAUGGGCUUCACCGUCCUGGGCCUGGUCUUCACGUUUGGGUGCCUCCCUGAGACGCAAGGCCUGCAGCUGGAGGACAUCGAGAACCUGUUCACGGGUCCGUUCUGCUCCUGCGGCACCUCCCCGAACCUCAGCAAUCAGAACAUCCAGUACAUCCGGGUAAAAGGCAACAAUUAUCUGCCGUCGGACAACGACACCUCUGACAUAGACUAGAUUGUGGCGGCGGGAUUCUGGCUUUUUCUUGUUUGGCUUAUUUUUCGUAUGAAGACUGCUGCGGCUUGGAGGAAAAUCAUCUGCUGCCCUCUACUGGCGAAGAGCAUAAAUUGAGCAAAAUUUGCACCUGUAGAUUUUUUUUAUUUUUUUUAUUGUGGGACCUUCCUACUCAGGCAACUCUGAUCAAUCUGUGGCUUCAUCUCACAUGGGUACGACUUUCCUCCUAACAUUCUUAACAUUCAAAUCAUCUCCAAGGAAAAUUCAAAGGCAAAGCAAACACAAAAUUAUUUUUAAUAUAAAACAUAAAUGUUUUAGACCUCUGUAAAAGAUGUCAACAAUAUGAAAAAUACCAAACAUCUCUAAAGAUUUUUAUUUAAAAUACUGAAUUUAAAAGGUGAUAAUUCUAGUGCAAUUUGAAGGUCCAAAAAACGUUUUGAUUGAUGGCUGUGACUUAUGGUUCUCAGCCUUUAGAUAGAAAAGUAGAAAACCAUUACUUUCUUACUAUACCGUAUAACCAGCACACUUUCUGAAGACGGCAAGAGUACUGCACUGUAUGUUUUGGACCAUUGCCUUAUUUUAUUUUAGCUACAGGGUUGAAGCUAGGAGUUUCGGUUUUACAUCACCAAACGUGACAGCCAUAGAACACUACAUUAGUAAGACUUUAUUACUGACACACUCCAUUUUCUCUUCUUGAAAUGCAUUCCUGGGUCAUGCUCAUGUUUUGGUGCUUGGUGGUGCACUUUACAAAGUAAUUGUAUUUUAUUUGAUUUCUUUAAAUGACUCACUAAAAGUAGUUGAAAUGUUUUUAGAAAGGUCCGGAAUUCAGCCUUGUCGACUUCGGGAAAGCGGGCGCCGAAAGUGGCGUAGCCUAUAUAACUGUAAGUAAUUAAAAAAAAACAAAAAAAAAACAAGCACAAUAUUGUAUAUAAAGCAUUUAAGCACCUUGGCAAAGG